CAUAACAAAACACAGCUGAGAAUUUAGCAUGCGUCGGUGUUGUAUUGACUAUGUCCUUUAUUUAGCUGGUUUCAGACUGCAAAUAAACACCAUACACAAGUACACGCUGUCUGGAUUACAUUUAAAACAAUAUUUAAGGAUUAGAGAGCGGGUGUGAAGUCUGUAAUGCGCUGCUUGAAACACGAUGGACAGCGAUCUGAGCCCACAGGACAAGAAAGACUUGGACAAAUUCAUCAAAUUUUUUGUCCUAAAGACAGUGCAAGUGAUCGUGCAGGCACGGCUGGGCGAGAAGAUCUGCACUCGCUCUUCUUCAUCCCCUACAGGCUCAGACUGGUUCACUUUGGCUAUUAAAGACAUUCCAGAGGUGACCCAUGAAGCUAAAAAAGCUCUGGCUGGGCAGCUGCCCAGUGUCGGACGCUCUAUGUGUGUCGAGAUCUCCCUGAAAACCUCAGAGGGGGAUUCGAUGGAACUGGAAACAUGGUGUUUGGAGAUGAACGAGAAGUGUGAAAAAGACAUUAAAGUGUCCUACACGGUUUAUACACGCCUGUCCCUGCUGCUCAAAUCUCUUCUGGCAAUCACGAGAGUCACUCCUGCCUACAAACUGUCACGCAAGCAAGGACACGACUAUGUCAUUCUGUACAGGAUAUAUUUUGGAGAUGUGCAGCUAACAGGGCUCGGUGAAGGUUUCCAGACAGUACGUGUAGGAAUUGUGGGUACUCCUAUAGGUACACUCACCCUGUCCUGUGCAUACCGCACCAAUCUCGCUCUGGUGUCCUCCAGGCAGUUUGAGAGGACCGGCCCCAUCAUGGGCAUCAUCAUAGACCACUUUGUGGAGCGCCCGUUCGGCAACACCGCCCUUAUGCACCCCUGCAACUACAGAGCUCCAGGUGAGGAAGAUAUUUAUGCUGGGGUGGAAGACUCACAGGAAGUGUGUACCACCUCGUUUUCCACCUCCCCACCUUCUCAGUGUCCAUGUACCGUAAGUCAUGCCCAUAGUAAGAGUCCUAAUCCAUCCCUGAUGACCACUGUGAAGGUCCCUGUAAUGGGGCUGGGCUUUUCACCGCAACUUUGCGCUUCCCGACUUUCAUAUCAGACGGCACUUUUGGGUGGUGACUUGUGUCAUCCUGCAGCCGGCAUCGCUGCUACCGUCGCCCACCCCCACCAGAUAGUUGUUCCUGGAAAAGAGGGAGGUGUCCCACAGGUUUUGGUUCAGCCCAGUCCUGGAACACAGGCGGACCACGGUCGUGUCCCAGAGACACCCCACCAGCCCCCUCCCUCAAGCUAUAGCAGUGGCGAUACGGACGUGUUAAUAAGGAGCAGUGAAGCGAAGCGCGCGUCCUCCUCACACGCCAUCGAGACAACAUUCACCAGGAAAGUAGGAGCUUUUGUCAACAAACCCUCUACACAGGUGACCACUGCCAGUCUCGAUCUGCCGUUCGCUGCGUUUGCUCAGAGGACUUACGACCUAGAGGAAAACGACCCCAUGGUCCAGCCGCCACCAUCGCCCACUCCCUCCUCUCCAUUGCAAGACAGCCUGCACUCACAGAGCUCCAGCCAGAGCGGUGGUCAAGCACAAGACGACUUUGUCAUGGUCGAUUUUAAACCAGCAUUCUCUAAGGAUGACUUGUUGCCAAUGGACCUGGGUACUUUUUACAGAGAGUUUCAAAACCCACCACAACUCGCCAGCCUCUCCAUUGAUGUCAGUGCUCAGUCCAUGGCUGAAGACCUGGACUCAUUGCCAGAGAAACUGGCCAUCUAUGAAAAGGAUAUCGAAGAGUUCGAUGCGUUUGUGGACACACUACAGUAGAUCACGCCGAAAUCGGACUAUUCUGAGAAACACCUGCCAAAAAUGUGACUAAUUUCUUGGCGUUUUCCGCUCGUCUGCCCUCUUUCUCUGUGUGUAUGCCACAUACUGUCAUUUUUAGGUUCUUCUCGCUGAAGCCACUUCAUUGUAGAAUUUCCGAGUCAGCCCUGGUGUACGAGACAUGGUUGUGAUUACAUGUAUAACAGUAAUUGUGUUUUAAUAGGUUGAAAAUGAUUAUUUUGGAUGCCUGCUGUUCUGUCUGACACAGACUACUUGUGGCAUGCGUAGUACUUGCAAGAUUAGACCGGUGGACUUCGUGAGUCGUGUAUUACGUGAGAAUGGGACGGGUUACGGUAGGUCGAAAUGGCUGGUUUGUUAUGGAUUGUACUUGGCAGGCCCAAAUUGCAAUAUGACAAUUGUAUAUAAUGCACCCUUUAUAUUAUAGAGCAUUAAAAGCUUAAAUCCCC